UUUUUUUCCCCUUCAGGUAUUUGGGUCAGACACUUGGUGAUUAUUAACAUGAUAAAGAUCAUAUCUUGACUGGAGCCCUGAGACACCACUGGAGGGUUCAUUCUUAGCUGGUGCUCCGGGAAAUAGAGAGUUGGGCAGAGUUCCCAUCCUGUGGAGUUUGCAGUCAGAAAAAUCCUCCUCACACCAAGAAAGCUGGCAGAGUAGCAGUUGAUCCACAGUGGGAGCCCAGAGGGGGAAGCUGUUGGCACAGUAAGCUCCUGGCAACCUGGGAUAAAGCACUACUUGCAACAGGAGAAGGGGAGGAAGCGAGUCUGCAUGAGACCAGAACUGCCCAGUGAAAAGCAGCACAGAGCUCAGGGAUUUCCAGGCAGCAACAAGCUUUCCUGUGCCCUGGGCUCAGGCUUGGACACAGCGAGUUCCUGUCCUGAAUGUCAGCAGUGGCUGGUGGGUGACAGAUGUAAGGACACCUGUCUGAAUUCGGGUAAUGGCUCUGACAGGAGGAGCAGCAAACAGAGAAAGCAUUCAACAGUGAAAGAAACAACUAGAAAGCCAUUCCAGAAGUGGCUGUGUGGUAUUUAGAGAGCUGGGUACCAGCUGCAGCAUGCACAGAUUUCCAGAGGUUUCUGUUGAGUGAGGAGAGGGUUGUGUGCUCAGGGUGCUUGAUUGAAGUGGGGCCUCCAGAGCAGCCUGUUCUGUCUGCAGAGACCAGAGAGGUGCAGUUGGUGAGCAGUAUUAAAAAACAGGCCUCACCCAGACGAACCAGAUGCUCUUCUGUGUCUGAGUCCUCUAAUGAUCUCACAAUGAUACUAUGUCACUGAGGCAACUUCUUAUCACUUCAUUAUUUACAUGCCAGCAUCACAAAAUUCUGGAAAAAAAGAAGGGCUUCUUUGGGACAGAGGUGGCAUUUGUAGCAGAUUUUUGGCUCGUAAGCACUCCUUUUGGAAUAGAAAAAGAGAAGACAACUGCUCUACAGACCACCUUAGGUAUCUCUGUCUUUCCCAUAUGUCCCAAGAUGACGAGUUCCCAGUGUAUGCUGUGACCAUGGGGACGAGGUGUCCACCAGAACAUCCCAUGGCAUUCCCAUGACUGCAACAGACUGGAGGUUUUAUUAAAAAUGCCGGGUGAGAAGCAGACUGCAGUGAAAUACUACGUCGGAGUUGACGUGGGCUCAGCCAGCGUUCGUGCGGCUCUGGUGGACGGGUUUGGGACGGUGGUGGCACAUGCAGAACAACCCAUCCAGAUCUGGGAGCCCCGGCCAGACCACUAUGAGCAAUCCUCUGCAGACAUCUGGGCUGCCUGCUGCUCUGUCACAAAGGAAGUUGUCCGUGCAGUGGAUGCCAGCCAGAUCCGAGGGCUUGGGUUUGAUGCUACCUGUUCCCUUGUUGUGGUGGAUAAACAGUUGCAGCCUUUGGCAGUCAACUCUGAAGGACAGAACCAUAGGAAUGUGAUCAUGUGGAUGGACCAUCGUGCAGCGAGCCAAGUCAAGCGCAUCAAUGCCACCCAGCACAGAGUUCUGAACUAUGUAGGGGGAGCCAUGUCUGUGGAAAUGCAGCCACCUAAAUUGCUCUGGAUAAAGGAAAACUUGCCAGAAUCAUGGAAGAAGGUUGGCUACUUCUUUGAUCUUCCGGAUUUCUUAUCUUGGAAAGCCACAGGUGUCACUGCAAGGUCUCUCUGUACAGUGGUGUGCAAGUGGACAUACUCAUCAGAUAGAGGUUGGGAUGACGGUUUCUGGAAAAUGAUUGGCUUGGAAGAUUUGGUGAAGGAUAAGUAUGAAAAAAUAGGACAGCACGUCUUGUCUCCUGGAGAAGCUGUUGGGAAAGGUCUAACGCCAGACGCUGCGAAAGAUCUCGGUCUCCCCGCAGGGAUUGCAGUGGCAGCAUCUCUCAUUGAUGCACAUGCUGGAGGACUAGGAGUAAUUGGAGCAGAUGUGAAAGGACAUAACCUUCCAUGUGAGAACCAGCCGAUUACAUCCCGAGUUGCUAUGAUCUGUGGAACAUCUUCAUGCCACAUGGGGGUCAGUGAAUCCCCCAUUUUUGUGCCUGGUGUUUGGGGACCAUAUUUCUCUGCGAUGGUACCUGGAUUGUGGUUGAAUGAGGGAGGCCAGAGUGCUACAGGAAAACUGAUCGAUCAUGUGGUGCGAGGCCACGUCGCCUUCCCAGAAUUAGAGGCAAAAGCUGCAGCCAGUGCUCACAGUAUAUAUACAUACUUGAACAGUCACCUGGAUCUGAUUAAGAAAUCUUUGCCUGUGGGUUUCCUCACUGUUGAUUUACAUGUUUGGCCAGAUUUCCAUGGUAACAGAUCUCCCUUAACAGAUCUGACACUAAAGGGCAUGGUUGUUGGACUAACGUUGUCUCGGGGUCUGGAUGAACUUGCCCUUAUCUACCUGGCCACAAUCCAAGCCAUUGCUUUAGGAACAAGACAUAUUUUGGAGGUGAUGCAGGCUGCAGGACAUGACAUCACCACGCUGUUCCUGUGUGGUGGGCUGAGCAAGAACCCUCUCUUUGUGCAGAUGCAUGCUGACAUUACUGGCAAGCCUGUUGUGCUGUCCAAAGAAGUGGAGUCUGUUUUGGUGGGUGCUGCUAUUCUUGGAGCUUGUGCUUCUGGGGAUUUUGCAUCUAUCCAGAUUUUCUGCAUUAAGCAAUUUCCAAAGUACAGAAUUGCUGCUAAUGGAAAAGCGAAACAAAUCUGGGAUUUUGAGCUAGUGGAGUGUUCGUGCAAGUGAUUAGGCUGUACAAAAGGAGCAUUCAUCUUGAAAUGACAGAUAAGUGCUAAGGACAGGACUGAAAACUGUAAAUAUGUUAGCACUUUAAGCGAGAGCACAGCUUCAGCACUUGUGAGACUCAUCAGCUGCUGUAAACAAUAUGGAUCUUUGAGCUGAUCUCUGCUGAGAUCUCAGCACAUCAGAUAAUGAUAGAGUUGUUCAUUUUUGCUUCUUCUGUUUUGUUUUUUUUUCCUUUCAGAAAGUACUUUCUGCAGAGAACAGGGCUGUGGUGCUGCCAGCACACACUCACCUCCCUCCUGGAGCAGCCACUGUGGGGAGCAAGGACAGCCCCAGGGCCAGCUCUGCCUCUCCCCAGUUCUGCUCCAGUCAGGAACAGAAUGUGCAGCUGUACUGCCACUCUCCUUGCAGGGCUGUGCCCACCCCCACGGCUGGGGAAGGCUCUUUGAGCUCCUCCAGCCUCAGUUCACAGUCAGGACACUUCUCCGAGAGCGAUUUUUAAAGGAAACGUUCAGGUGGUGGCAACAGUUUCUCCUGUGAGGCUGUGCAAAGAGUUAUCAGUCACUGAGCUGUGACAAUGAAGCCUUUCAUGUUGAGAAAACUGCAUAGGGUUAGGCUUUCAAAUUUAUUGAAAUUAAAUUUCAAUUAAUUUGAAACUAGUAAAUCCCUUUAAAGAGCACACAAUAAAAAGCUGGCAUCCCACCAUAGCUCCCAACACUCACUGACCUCACUGAGGUUCUGCUCAGUGACCUACAAGUGAAAAGCUCCAUGAACCAUUUGGGCCUCUGCUAUUCAUCUCUUUUUCCCAGCUUGAUUCUUUAAAUAAAAGGACAGAUCUUCAGCAGCAGGAAUUGGCUCAGUACUUAGAUCAGCUGAAUCGUGAAGCACAAAGUUCAGUUGUAUCCCAUAUUGGCCAGAUUUUCCUCCUGAGUGUUUGGUAUUGAUUUCAUGGUGUUAGUGAUUUUCAUGGAAUAUGUGAGGAACUGAGGUGCAGAAGGCUUCAUGGGAUCACAGAAUAUUCUGAGUUGGAUGGACCCACAGGGAUGAUCAAGUCCAUUUCUUAAGUGAAGGGCCCCCAAAUGUGGAUCAAAUUCAUACCCUUGGCAUUAUCAGCACCAUGUUCUGACCAGCUGAGCUGAGCUCAGGGCCUGUGUGGCUUGUCCAAGGUUAAAAUUCCAGAGCCAAUGAAUCCAGUGACUACAGUCAUGGAAGGUGUGCUGGGAAGAGUUUUCUCCCUAAGCACUUGAGGAGCAGUGGGUUAGGAAUUUCUCACUGAAGUGGCUGAAGGGGCAAGGCUUGCUUGGAAGCAGGAGCCACAAGGUGCAGCUCACUGGGGGCUUCUUAAAAGGCUGGGAAAAUAGGAUGGGAUAGCAAAAGUGAGAACAUUCCUCUGGAGGGAUUUGGUGUUAUUUGCCUUGCUUGGAGAUAAAAGGAGAGCUUAUAAACCAGCUCCCCAGGCUUCCCACCUGGCCUAAAGUUGGAGGUGGGAAGGUGGUGUCUGUCCUGGGUGCUCUUCUCUGUGGGAUCUCAGCUUUCAGGAUGGUGCUGAGUUGGAUCUCAGGCUGUGACCAGCCCAGCUCUGAUGCCACUGCUGCCUCACUCCCACAGCAAAUUCAUUUUUAAUUCCAACUGGAGUGCUUGCAGGCAGAACCAGCCUUUGUUUUGGGCACGGGCAAUUAUAAAAUGUGCUCUUUUUCUGUUUGCCAAAUGAAUACAAACACUUUCUUAGAACAUCUGCUAAGGGACAAGAUGCCUGAGAUACCUUUAAAACUCCUGCUGGGUGACAGGUUUUGAUUUGCUCAGUAACAGAGGUUAUGGAAUAUUACUGUUAUCAGAGGCUCUUUCUGGCUCUGGGGCAGGUGGGAAUAAAUAGCCCUUGGGUUUGGUUUUAUAUAGAAAAAUGUCAGCCAGAGUGGUGAUGAGGGUAACCUGACGUGUGCCAAUAAAGCAGUUUAUUCCAAAUUAAUUUGUUCAAGUUUGUGCCUACAGGUUUUCUGUGCGAUAAAUGUGUUUGCAGUACAUGGAUAUUGUGCACAUAAAGAGAUUCCUGCUGACAGAGAAGUUUUAGUGCUAAAGGGAACUUUAUUUACCAUUUCUCAGUGGUAUUCAAAAAAGAUACAAGCCAAAGUUUUCAGGAGCAAGGGGAGCAGAGCACCUAUUCUGGUGUGACUUUUGCAGUUUCCUCCUAAACUCUCAAUUCUGUGUCCAUGAGAAUUCCACAACUCAGGCUGAGCUUCUCCCUUGCUGCUAUUAGAGCACAUUAGGCAACUGACUGGCCAUCCCAUCCUCAGAUCAGGCUUCCCAGGUUUUUAAGGAAUCCUUCCCAAAAUAACAUUGUUUAGCAAUAUGUAUCAGCAUUUAAAGUGUUUUUUUUAAGCAAGAGAGCUCCUGGAUGGCAGUUCUAGAGGCAGAAGACAAAUGGGAGCAGUAGUUUCUCAUCCCUGUCUGAUAUUCAGAUCUGGAGAAGAAAGGAUGCUCAGUUUUUAACAAAACAGGACAGCAUCAUCAGCUGAUCACAGAAUCCUAGAAUAGUUUGGAUUGGAAGAGACCUUUAAAGGUCAUCUAGUCCACCCCCCUGCAAUGAUGAGUGUGCUUUGCUUCAGCUUCACUCAGCUCAGUCACUGCUAGCCUUUAAUUUGGGAAAGAAAAAUACUUUCUAGAGCAGUGUGCUGGAAAAGGUUGCUGACCCCUUGUCUGUAGCAAUCAUGGCAAGGAAACCAAAUGCCUUGUGCCAUGGACAGCUGCCUUUUCUGUGCCAUGCAGUCCAGGCUAAACUCCCAACAGAUUUCUCAUUUCUCCUAGGAUUUAUUCUCUGUUCAUCACUCAUUGGAUAUCUCUAUCUCUUAAAUGAUGUUUUUUUUGGACAUGGGAUAUCUAUAAGGUUACUAGAAGGCUCUCUCUAUAUUUUAAUGCAGUUUCACUCUCUGUUUUAAUAUCUCAACCUUCUAUUGGCUUACAGUAGUGAAAGACUCUUCCUAAAGGUCUCUUGUUUUUUAUGAGCCCCUGUCCAGGGUAAUUUCCUAAAUGCAGUCCAGAUUGAGUAAAAUGUAAGCAUAUUUCUGAGGUACAGGGUUUUUUUUAUCUUUUAAUAGUAAACCACACAUCAGAUUAACCAGAUAAAAAAUAUUCUCAAAUCAAAACUCACAGCAGGGAUUUUCCUCAUUAACCUCAGGUAGACACUGGAGCAUGGCAAAGAAUGGAAAGGAAAGGAAAGGAAAGGAAAGGAAAGGAAAGGAA